GAUAGUGGAGGAGCUGGAGCCUGGAGGAGCUUAGGAGCUACAAUCUAGAGGGUGAAUAUUGCCUUUUUUCCUUAGUAUACCUUUUAUGAAAUUUCUACAACAAAUAUCUGAAAAUUGUGCAUUCAGAUGCAAUCAUUUCCUUAUAACUUCAUGUUUGAAUUAGCCACCGCUUGAGGGGAGAAUCAAUUUGAAUUCAAUUUCGCUUUGACCAAAACAUCAGCUGAGAAUGUCUGGUGAAGGGGUGUCACGUAUCAAGUAUGACUGGUACCAAACAGACCAGGAUGUUGUCAUCAACAUACUUGCAAAGUCACUUUCAUCUGAGGCUGUUUCUGUCAAGAUUGAGUGUUCAGCAGUGGAGGUCAAUGCAACUCUGCCUACAGGCAGCCCAUACAGCCUGCAGCUGCACCUUUUGCAUCCUGUGGUGCCAGACUCCAGCUCAUGGCGUGUCUUGCCCAGUAAACUGGAGAUCAAGCUCCGCAAAGCUGAGGCGUACCGGUGGGCAGCACUGGAGGGCAGCGGCGAGCCUCCGUCGCUGCGGACGGUCGGCGCCGGCGCAGCGGCGGCUGGCGGCGGCGGCCUGCCCUCCCCGUACGCCCGCCCGCCAGCGGCGGCCGCCCGCGACUGGGACGCCAUCGCGGCCGAGCUGCGCCGCCAGGAGGAGCAGGAGAAGCCAGAGGGAGAGGAGGCGCUCAACAGUCUCUUCCAGAAGAUCUACGCUGACGGCUCGGACGACGUGAAAAAGGCGAUGGCCAAGAGCUUCACCGAGUCGGGCGGCACCGUGCUCAGCACCAACUGGAACGACAUCGGCAAGAAGAAAACCGAGGUAAAAUCACCCGAUGGCAUGGAGUUCAAAAAGUGGGAGAGCUAAGUCGCUUGAUGGGCGCAUGAAUGAACACAGACAUAGCGUUUGACAAGGUGAUGCCUCAGGCUGUCGGACAGUGCAUCAAAACUUUGUUUUGGCGUUAAGAGACUUUCCGUUAGUCUCGUUUCUGCUCACGGAAUUUGAUCCCAACAGUCGUGCGUUGGCGUGGCGCUUCUGCUACUGCUCUAAGCGCAGGGUGCAUUUUUGUCUGUUCAGGGUUUAUUCUUUGUUCAGCCAUUCUUUACGCAUGCUUAUGCUUCAAACCUUGUGUGAUGAAUAACUUGUUGUGUUGUAUAGCUACGUUCGAAAUGUUUUGCGAGCUGAGUAAAGGCUGGCCAUUUGCGAAAUAAAUCCGGCAACCAAUCGUGGCCGAUACAAAGAUUGGAAUGGCUGGCAGAUUACAAAGAGCUCACAUUGGUGUUUGAUCGGAAAACCGCUAAACUGGCCACCUACAUUUGUUCACGUCAUCCAUUGUGCGAGCGAGUGUAACCAUUCUGAUAGUGUCAAUUGUGCUUAAUAUAUGAAUAUUGAGAUUGUA